UCCCAAUUUCGCCGUGGCCGGCUAAAUCUGUCCUCUCUCGUUUUCCCAUUUUCCACCUCAAACCCCUCCAUGAUUUUUCCUUCCGUGGGUCCCGCCCACGCCCUCUCCUCGUAUUUCUUCUUUCUAUAAUCCAUACACCUACUCCUUCUCCACUACCAAAAUUCCUCAACUCCAUCUUCGCUUGGGGUCUCUUUCAUUUCUCAGUUCCAACGACUGCUUCUGCUGAGCUCGCCGACUCUGGGUGAUUCGCCCAACUCCGGCUCCAUGGCAUCAUCCGUUGGGUCAUUCCCAUUUGUUGUUGAACCUAGUGCCAACACUUCCAUGCUACUUCAAACUAAAAUUAAUCGUCCUCUUAAAUUUCCAUUAUUCGUUUAUCGGCCCGGCAAGUCUGCUGAAUUCAGCAACUCAAGUGCUUCGGGUUUUGGGCGUUCGGAGAGUGCAAGACUGAACUAUGGAAGGCUGGUCAAUGGGCGCAGUAGGGGUCUGCUAUGGCGGACGAAAGACGUACGGGCUAUAGGGAAGAGUACAGGAACGAGUCAGGACGACGGAGGGACAGAUGAAGUGCUUCUGAGCACCAUUGAAAAGAGCAAGAAGGUUCUUGCUAUGCAGAGGGAUCUUCUUCAGCGGAUUGCUGAGAGAAAGAAACUGUUUUCUUCUAUGAACAAGGAAAACAUUUUUGAACCACGAAAGGAUGGCAAUAUUUCUUAUGAACUUACUGAUGACAAUUCUCUGUCAAAUAACUCAAAUCCUCAAAAAGCUCUUGUCAGCAGAGACAAGGCUGUUGAAUACCAAAAUGGUGGUAUGCCUUCAAGCAAUUAUAUCCAUUCAAGUGAAGAGGAGUUACCAGAAGCCUCAGCUGUAGGCAUUUAUCAAGGUUUUGAUAAAGGUCAGGAGGAAAAGGAUAACAUCUCACCUCCUGAAAAGGCUCCCUCCAAGUUACGUGUUAAUGAAAAAUUGAAAGAUGGUAAAUAUGAGACAGUUACUCCAGAUACCCUGCCAACCUAUCUUGCAAAUAGCACUGGAACUUCCCCUUUGAAAGUCAAAAAUCAGGAUGGCUUGACGGAGCCAAGUUUACAAAGGGCCACUACUGAAGCUGACAUUGUUGAGAGUGAAGGUGAAAAAUCUAUACCUUUGGCUGGGGCCAACGUCAUGAAUGUCAUAUUGGUAGCAGCAGAAUGCUUUCCCUGGUCAAAAACAGGUGGGCUUGGAGAUGUUGCUGGGUCAUUACCAAAAGCUUUGGCACGGCGUGGGCACAGAGUCAUGGUUGUGGUUCCUCGUUAUGGUAAUUAUGCUGAAGCCCAAGAUACAGGAGUAAUCAGAAGGUACAAAGUAGAUGGCCAGGAUGUAGAAGUAAGAUAUUUCCAGACAUAUGUUGAUGGUGUAGACUUUGUGUUUAUUGACAGUCCUAUGUUUCGCCAUAUAGAGAAUAAUAUCUACGGAGGAAACCGAUUGGAUGUUCUAAAACGCAUGGUGCUGUUUUGCAAGGCAGCAGUUGAGGUUCCUUGGUAUGUUCCAUGCGGUGGUGUUUGUUAUGGAGAUGGAAAUUUGGUCUUCAUAGCAAAUGAUUGGCAUACUGCUUUGCUGCCAGUUUAUCUUAAGGCAUAUUAUCGUGACCUUGGUUUGAUGAAGUAUACAAGAUCUGUUCUUGUGAUUCAUAACAUAGCUCACCAGGGCCGUGGUCCAGUUGAUGAUUUCUCAUAUAUGGAUUUACCUGAACACUACAUAGACCUCUUCAAAUUAUACGAUCCCGUUGGAGGUGAUCACUCCAAUAUCUUUGCAGCUGGUUUAACGACUGCUGACCGUGUGGUUACUGUUAGUCAUGGAUAUGCAUGGGAGCUUAAAACUUCUGAAGGUGGUUGGGGUUUGAAUGGAAUCAUAAAUGAGAAUGACUGGAAGUUGAAAGGUAUAGUGAAUGGUAUUGAUAACAAAGAUUGGAACCCUCAGUUUGAUGUUCAUCUGAAAUCCGAUGGCUACACUAACUACUCCCUUGAGACGCUGCAGCCUGGCAAGUCUCAGUGCAAAGCUGCCCUGCAAAAGGAGCUUGGUUUGCCUGUUCGUGAGGAUAUCCCGUUAAUUUGUUUCAUUGGAAGAUUAGAUCACCAGAAAGGUGUUGAUGUCAUCGCUGAAGCAGUUCCCUGGAUGGUGGGCCAAAAUGUUCAAUUAAUCAUGUUGGGCACUGGGAGGUCUGACCUAGAACAAAUGCUUAGGCAAUUUGAAUGCCAGCACCAUGACAAGAUUAGGGGAUGGGUUGGUUUUUCCGUGAAGAUGGCUCACAGGAUAACUGCAGGUGCAGACAUAUUGCUCAUGCCUUCAAGAUUUGAGCCAUGCGGGUUGAACCAGCUAUAUGCUAUGAGUUAUGGAACUGUUCCUGUAGUGCAUGCUGUUGGUGGACUGAGAGAUACUGUUCAGCCUUUUGAUCCAUUUAAAGAGACAGGCCUUGGAUGGACAUUUGACAGUGCAGAUUCAAAUAAGUUGAUAAAUGCAUUAGGGAACUGCUUGUUGACCUACAGGGAGUACAAAAAGAGCUGGGAAGGGCUUCAGAGACGAGGGAUGGCCCAAGAUCUUAGCUGGGACAACGCUGCUCAGCAGUAUGAGGAAGUCAUUGUUGCUGCCAAAUACCAAUGGUGAACCUUCAGUGACUUGAAUCUUUUGCAUCCUCCAUCUAGCGCUAGGAAUCAAUGAAGAGUUCAAUCAUGCUUGAGUGGUUUUAGGGUUGCGAUUCUGUCAAAGAAACCGACCAGGCUUCCAGGUACAUAUUUCUGAAGAAUUUCUCCAAUCAGUUGCAGUUAUAGCCCUCAGGAUGCUAUUCCUGAACGCCAAAAUUUUCUGCUGUAACUCGGAUAAUGAAACACAGUUCUUUAUAUCACUUUUGUGUCUCAUGCCCAUUUUUAAUGAUUUCAUCAAGUUCAUUUUUCAUUAUUUUA